CGGCAACUCCUUUCCCAUCUUUCCCUAGCAUUUUUCUCCUUCUAGUUUUAUUGGGUUCGUCAGCAAUCAGGCAUGUAAUCGACGAAAUAUUACUAAAUCAAGGCAAAAGAGCCAAUUUUAUGAAGCAGACACGAAGGAAUGGACUUGGAAGAUAGCGAGAUAUCAAGGUGAAAUAAGCUUAUGUUCUUAAGCUUAAGAGGAUGCAGAUCUAUGGCGGACUGACAUGGAUUUCCUCACAAGAUUCCUGCAGAUCUAUGGCGGACUGACAUGGAUUUCCUCACAAGAUUCUUACCAAACCAACAGCUGGCCGACUGACAUGGAUUUCCUCACAGGAUUCUUCCAAAAUCGACAGCUUGACAAUGAUAAAAAAAGCUUUGAAUGAAAUUCGCAAAGGGCUUCAAUUGAUUCAUCGGAACAUUCCACAACUUGAUGAAGCAUAUGUUUGGGUCCAUAAUGAAGAAUGUGUUAGUAAUACUGAAACUGAUGUUACUUGUAUGGAGCUCGCACUGUCUACUAAGUAUCUAUUAGAUUUUGUGCCUAAUGGUGUUAAAACUAUUCACGUGAAGACAACAAAAGGGAUUGUUGGGAGUGUAUUGGCAUCUGAAAGUAAAUCUUGUUUUUGCCCGAAUUUAUAUGAAUGCAGCAUUGAUCACCAACCCCGCUAUGCCAUGAGCUGGAGUUGGGAUGCUUGUUUUGCAAUUUGUUUGCAAAGUUCACUCACUGGUGACCUUGUUUAUGUUAUGGAGUUCGCUCUCUACCCCGGCCCUGCAACAUAUGAGUAUAUCAUGUCCUUCUUGGGGUUUCUACUGCCAGUAAUGAAGCAUGAACUCAAAACGUUUAAGAUGGCAUGUGGGAAACAACUUGGAGAAGAAUUAGUGGUUGAAGUUAUCGUUUCUGAAGCACACAAACUUGGUCCGACUGAAUCUAAUGAGGCUGCUGCAGGUAUGUUCCCAGUCAAAUUUAAGAGUGUGCAGUAUGGUCUACAAAAGCAUCAGCAUGUUGAAGAACAACAGCCAAAAGAAUGCAGUAUUGUUGAAAAUCAGAAUGGAAAAAGGAAAACAGAAAUCAAAUGUACUCAAUCAGAAAAGAGAAAGGGAAAACAAGUCUCAUUUCCUAGUGUUGGUGCUCAAGAUUCAAAGGCAAUGGAGAAAGGAAAGAGGAAAACAGGUCUUCCCAUUUUAAACAAAGAAGGCACUCAUCCUUGUAUUGUUGAGGAGACAGAAGGUGAUUGUAAAAGUGAAACAUGAAGAAGAUAUCAUAACAUUUGAAAUAUGUCCCAGGUUUGGAGCAAGUAAGCUUAUUGAAAAAGUGGCCACAAAGCUUAAUUUGAAGUUGGGAACUUUCAAAUUGAAAUAUAAGGAUGAAGACAAUGAUGAUAUCUUGUUAACAUGUGAUACUGAUUUUCAACUUUGUCCAAAGACUCAGACACCAACAGGCAAGACUUGUAUCCACUUUUUCGUUCAAUUAAUUUCUAAAUAAGCUCCUCUUCAGCUUCUGUCUUGGUGGUCCUAUCGAGACAUUAUUCGUGUGAUCGUGUCUUUCUCUUUGUCAAUGGAUCGAAAGAUCAAUGUAGAAAAGUGUUUGAGAAUUGUGUUCAAGUGUUAGAAUUGGAUUGAACUAUUAGUACAUCAUAGUAUGUAUAGCAGAAGCCUAUUUGGGGGCAUGAUUCGACCUCAUAGAAGUAUGCAACAUAGACACAAUAUUCCACAGAGUUGUUCAU